AUGAUACUCGUUGGGCCGGAGAGCUCCGUUUCCGAACAGAAGGGGCCACUCAGACUUCGUCCGCGCAUAUGUAAACUGAGCCUGGGCAAACCUCAGUUGCUGAUCUGCGCACAGUUCCAAUCGGUUUCUUCCGUGGCGCUGACAACAUUCACAAUGAACCGCGAUUUCUGGUCCAGAGACCCGAAGAGUAUCCAAAAUGUCGGCAUGAAUCUGAUUUCGCCGUCGCGACCGAACAUUGAGACUGGAUGUGCUCAGCCUACGCGGGAGGACAAUCCAAAGUACGACCGUCGGUUUUCUGUUCUGCAAGGCCAAGUCAAGAGGAUCAAGAGAGUGUCUAUUCUUUCUUUGCUACUCAUCGUCCUCGCUACCAUUGUACACAUCGUUCAAUUCUUCGUUCCACCUGCCAAGAUCAAUCAGCAGUAUGCGAAGAUAGUCGAUGGCAACCGAGCCGCCGUGCAUUCAGCCCCUGAAUCGGCAUUCCUCGUAUCACCGUUCUCAGACACACGGCCUGAAGAGACGCUCACUAGCGCAAGGGUUCUGAAUGGGGAUGAAGAUACUGUCUUCACCGCUGACAUACCGCGUAAGCUGGACCGCACCGCACCCCUUCCCUUUGAGAUCGCCCCGCCGAGAAGCCAAGCCGAUAUUGACGUGCUCUUGUCAGUCGGCCGAGGAUUCGUCAAGCAGAAGGACGAGCAUGGCAAGGAUCAGACUUACGCAGUAGCUGCGAUACAUCAAAUGCGCUGCGUGUACUUCGUCUUGAACUCCUUCUCACUAGCCUUGGAAAACGCGACUGCUCUAGACUCUGUCCAACAACGGACGACCUACCACUGCAUCGAAAUGUUGCGACAAGCCGUUCGGUGUCAGGCUGAUCCUACCUUGGAUGUCACCUAUCCGUUACCUGGUGACGCAGAGACGCCUGCCUCGUUAGGAUGGGGCACUUCGCAUAUCUGCAGAAACUAUGACAUGCUCUUUGAGUGGUCAGAGAAGAAUCGCGCUGAUGACAGCACGGGCUUGGAUGUUGUGUACGGAUACAGUGCAAACUGA